UUUCGUCUCUUCAGGCUGGAGGAAGGAAGGGAGGAACGGGAGGCAGCGGAGGGCUUGUGGGAAGCCGCCCAGAACGGAAAGCGCGAAGGCGUGUUCCCGCCAAUUUUCCUCUUCCCGUCAAUUUUCGCAAAAUGGGUCUCUGCGCAGGCGCGUGCACCGGGCUGGCGCUCCUGGGCGGAAGCUCCCUCCUGGGUUCUGGAAGGCGGAAGUUCUACCAGCACAGGCCAGGUAGCCCAACUUUAGUGAAAUCAUGCCCUUCUGGGGAGUUUUGGCUUGCCCAGAUUCACAGGAUGCCUUUGAGCUAAAUCCCUGGGCUGAACAUGGGCUCCUUCCAUUCAUGUGGACAAGGGCUUCCUUGGUGCUUGUGAAGAAGUUGGCCCUAGUGACCUAACCAGUGGAAUGGAUUCCCUCCAGAGGUUGUGGGUGCUCCAUCACUGGUGGUUUUCAAGAAGAGACUGUACAGCCAUUUGUCUGAAGUGGUCCAGGGUCUGCUUGAGCAGGAGUUAGACUAGAAGACCUUCAAGGUCCCUUUCAAUUCUGUUUCUGUUCUGUUACCUGAUUGAGAGCUGCAACCCACAAUAACUUGCAGGAUGACCUUUGCUGAGCAGGAUAUGUUCAGUCUGAGAAAACCGGCAGCAUGAGGCCCCCUUUCCUCUCUGUUCUGGUGCUGCAGGCAGCUGUGAUGCUGAGACUUCGUCUUUUGACCUGGGACAUCAAGGAUACCCUGCUUCGUCUCCGUGUCUCCGUGGGGCAGAGUUACUCCAUCGAGGCCCAGGCCUUUGGCCUCCAGGUACCCGCUGAGGUGCUCAAUCACUCCUUUUCCCAAGCUCAUACAUCCCAUAGCCAACAUUUCCCCAACUAUGGCUCAGGCCAGGGCCUCAGCUCCAAGCAGUGGUGGCUUGGGGUUGUCAUGGAGACCUUCCAGCUUGCUGGAAUUCAUGACAGUGGUGUUCUCUGGCCCAUUGCCAAAAAACUCUACCAGGAUUAUAGCAGCCCAAAGAUCUGGGAACUGGUCCCAGGGGCCAUUGAGAUUCUCCAGUGGUGCCAGCAACAGGGUAUCCCCAUGGCAGUGAUCUCCAACUCUGACCAGAGGUUACAAGAGAUUCUGAGCCGGUGUAACCUCCGACAAUAUUUUCAGUUUGUCUUAACCUCGGAAGAAGUGGGGUUUGCCAAGCCAGACCAGCGGAUUUUUCUGGAAGCCCUCCACAGUGCCAAGGUGGAGCCCCAGCUGGCUGCUCACGUGGGGAACCAUUAUGUGAAUGACUAUUUGGCUGCGAGGAAGGCUGGACUGCACAGCUUCCUGUUUAAAAUGGCUGGGGAGCCAAUUGAGAGCGACAUGGAGGUGCCAGAAAACCACCUUCUAUCUUCACUUUUAGAUCUGCAGGCUCGGAUAGAGAAAGGCUAAAAGGAAGUGGCUGGAUUUCAGCAGCUGCUUCUAAUAGAGGAAAUUGCAAUUUUAACCAAUUAUUAACAUUAACUCAAAGUAAGUUCAAUAAAACCUAUACCCCUACGUCUGCAGCAUUCCUGUCCCAGGUUUCUUGUAUUAGAACAGAGUUGGAAUUACAGGCUGAUACAGAAUUUCUUUGGGGAACUGAGGGGAUACACACACCUAGUGCCACUCAAUUGCUGCCAGUAGGAAAAGAAAAUGUAACGGGCAUAAUAGAGUGGAAAAAGUUAUUACUUUGGAAUAUUACAGAACGGUUUGCUUA